AUGGGGGAAAACCAGACUUUGGUCACAGAGUUCCUCCUGUUGGGAUUUCCCCUCAGCCCAAGGACUCAGAUGCUCCUCUUUGGGCUCUUCUCCCUGUUCUAUGCCUUCACCCUGCUGGGCAAUGGGAUCAUCCUGGGCCUCAUCUGGUUGGACUCCCGACUACACACCCCCAUGUACUCCUUCCUCUCACACUUGGCCAUUGUUGACAUGUCCUAUGCCUGCAACACGGUGCCCCAGAUGCUGGUAAACCUCCUGAGUCCAGCCACGCCCAUCUCUUCUGCUGGCUGCAUGACGCAGACCUUCCUCUUCUUGACCUUUGCUAGCACUGAAUGUCUUCUCCUGGUGGCAAUGUCUUAUGAUCAGUAUGUGGCCAUCUGCCACCCUCUCCGAUAUUCUGUCCUCGUGAGCUGGAGAGUCUGCACCACCCUGGCAGUGACUUCCUGGACUUUAGGGGCCCUCCUGGCCCUAGUACAUACAGUGCUACUCUUACCAUUGCCCUUCUGUGGACCCCAGAAAGUGAAUCACUUUUUCUGUGAAAUUCUAGCGGUUCUCAAACUUGCCUGUGCAGACACCCACAUGAACGAGAUUAUGGUUUUGGCUGGGGCAGCAUCUGUGCUGGUGGGACCAGUCUCCUCCAUUGUGAUAUCCUACAUUCAGAUACUACGCGCCAUCCUGAAGAUCCAGUCAGGGGAGGGGCGCCAAUACUUAACUUUUUUCUAA